AUGAAUUUUACAUAUCAACAUUUGAUCCAUCGGCAACCCCAUCGUUAUGUCACCUCCCACAGUCAGACUCCUCUCUCCCCUGUUUGCAAUCCCAAAUUUGCUAAUCAUGAAUUUUGUUUUUUUAGGAGACUAAUUAACCCUUAUGUCAUCGACUUCCCUUUGGAAAUACUGAAUGAUGAAGAUGAGAAGAUUGCAAGGCUGAAGGAUGAAAGCAAUGAGAAUAUCGGCAACAUUGAAAGAAGAAGUGAGAUUUAUCUUAAUGGAAAUUAUACAAAGAGAAGAAAAGGUUCAAGAGGAUUACAACUGGAAAAGUUGAUUAAAGGCAUUAAUCAAGUACAUUCGUGUUUCUAUAACAAGUGCAGUACAAUUACUAUUGCUGGAGUUGUGAAGGAAGUUGCUACAAUACUGAUGCAAGUGUUCAAAGGCCACUCUAAUACACCACCAACACCAAGGGAGACUUUUCCUUUUCUUUUAAUUAGUUUUGAUGCAUUUUUCCUUCGGUUGUUGAAUUGGUGUUAUGCCUCACAUGCCACAGAGAUGUUAUUAAAGCAACUUAUCAAGCCUUGAGCUCUCUGAAAAUUGGAUAGCACUUACAAAUAUUUUGUCAUUAAGAAAAAAACCUAUAGCUAAAGUUUUUUUUAUCAACAUAGUAGAAAUUAAACCUUACAAAUUAAAUUAUAACUUAAUUUUCUUUUAUGUUUGUGAUCUAUCUCUACAUAUUUUGGAUAGUAGUCAUUUUUAGGUAUAGGAGGGGCUGUCAAAGCUAUGUUAAUGCGAAAAUGCAAUGUACCUUUAAAUAUUUGACUACUAUAGCAUUUGACUUUCAUUUUUGUAAAUAAGGUGUAAUGGAUUGAAAGC